AUGACAUUCCCAAAUGCCAUCACGGGAGGAUGCCUCUGUGGCUCAAUCCGCUACUCAAUAUCCCCCUCCGGCGAAACCUCAUGGCCGCCUCAGUCAUCAGCCUGUCAAUGCACAAUGUGUCGCAAAUGGACAUCGUCCCUCAUUGCCCAAUUCAUCAUUCUUUUGCCAGCACAGUUGAGUCCGCCAUUCCGCACUCACGAAACAUAUGAAGAAUAUGAAUCAUCACCUGGUCGUUAUCGAGGAUUUUGUAAGCGGUGUGGGACCUCGUUAGUUUGGCGGUCCGCAGACGAUGGCAGCACAGUCGAUGUGUUUCUGGGGACUGUCGAUGAAAGGUGGCUUGUCCAUGAGGAUGAAGGCAAGGUUGGACAAGCGCUGGGAAUGCCAAACGGAACGCAGUUUUGGAUGGAAAAUGCGAUCCCGGGCGUCACUGAUCUCAUGAAGGGAGGAAAAGAGUUUCUGAAGGAGGGCGAGGAUGGGUGGGAGAGAAAGAGAGAGUAA